AUGGUUAAUAAUAUUUACAAUACCUUUUCCUUCUAUCUGUAGACCCAAAGAUACAAUAAUCUAAACAUCUUCCACUAAAUAACGAUUUUCCUUUUGGACAUCGACAAAUUCCAUUUUAUAGACUUACAUUUGAAAAACAUGUUGUACACUAAUUAUAGGCAUCUCCUGUACAUGUUUAGCAAGUAGGAUGACAGGAAAUAUAUGAAAAAUGGAUAUUUUUAAUUAAUGCUUUUGUCUACUAAUUGA